UUUUUCAUUGGCAUUCCCCCUUGAUUCGUCGGGGCUGGUGGAAGCACUUUGUAAAACAGCCUGAACGUGAAUCAAUCCAUUUCUUUCGCGUUAAGCGCACCAUGGCAGCCGGAUUCACGGAAGAGAAUAUCACGGAGCUCAAGUAUCGACUCGAAGAUGCAGCUAUAAAAUGCUCCGAACGAUGUCUUUAUCAGUCAGCCAAAUGGGCUGCUGAGAUGCUCAAUGCAAUCCUCCAAAUCGAUCACUACGAUACAGAUCCCGACUCCCCCAUGGAGCUUGCAGAUGCUCCUCCAACUACUCAAAAUCCCUACCUGCGAACGCAAGACCCCCUCGAAGUGUCUCUCGAAUCCCAGGAAGCUUAUAAAUAUCUCCUCGCCAAAUCAUACUUCGACACUCGCGAGUAUGACCGAUGCGCCGCUGUCUUUCUUCCUCCCACCAUACCUCCAGUCCCGCUUUCUACUUCGUCGCCGAAUCCCAAGCCUAGACCUUCUCUGACACCACAGAAAGGAAAGUCUAAGGCGUCUCCGUAUACUGGAGUGAAGGAUAACGGCGACACGAGAAACCCAUACCCAAAGCUCAGUCAGAAGUCGCUGUUCCUUGCAUUGUAUGCCAAGUAUCUCGCCGGAGAGAAGCGAAAGGAUGAGGAGACCGAAAUGGUGCUGGGGCCAGCGGAUGGCGGUGCAACAGUCAAUCGGGAGCUUCCAGAUUUGGCGCGCGGUUUAGAAGGGUGGUUUACAGAGCGUCGGGAGAAGGGGCUCGAAGAUCGCAAUCACGGAUGGCUUGAAUAUCUUUACGCCGUCAUCCUUCUGAAAGGCAGAAACGAGGCAGAAGCAAAGAAGUGGCUAAUAAGGAGUGUACAUUUGAAUCCAUUCCACUGGGGUUCCUGGCAAGAGUUGAACGACCUGCUGGCAAGCACCGAGGAUUUGAAACAAGUGGUCGACCUUCUCCCCCAGAAUAUCAUGACUCUCAUUUUCCAUGUCCAUUGCAGCCAGGAGCUGUACCAGGCGACCGAAGACACAUAUCAAGCACUCUCAGAACUCGAAACCAUCUUUCCCACCAGCGCAUUUCUCAAGACGCAAAGAGCCCUGCUUUACUAUCAUUCAAAGGAUUUUGAAGAAGCAUCCCACAUAUUUACCGACAUCCUGAUCACUUCGCCUCACCGUCUCGAUAGUUUGGAUCAUUACUCGAAUAUCUUGUACGUCAUGGGCGCUCGACCGCAGCUGGCAUUCGUAGCGCAAGUUGCUACAGCCACGGACAAGUUCCGUCCCGAGACAUGCUGUGUAGUGGGAAAUUAUUACUCCCUCAAGUCCGAGCAUGAAAAGGCGGUGAUGUAUUUCCGAAGGGCUCUAACAUUGGACCGCAAUUUCCUCUCCGCCUGGACUCUCAUGGGUCACGAGUAUAUCGAGAUGAAGAACACGCACGCCGCUAUCGAAUCUUACCGUCGGGCUGUGGACGUCAACCGCAAGGACUAUCGCGCUUGGUACGGCUUGGGGCAGGCUUACGAGGUGCUCGACAUGUCCUUCUACGCCUUGUUUUAUUAUCAACGAGCUGCGGCCCUGCGGCCCUACGACCCUAAAAUGUGGCAGGCGGUUGGAUCUUGCUACGCCAAAAUGGGUCGUAUUGAGCACAGUAUCAAAGCUCUCAAGCGAGCCUUAGUGGCAGGAUCGUAUUAUGCGGAAGACCCGUCGCAAACUACUGGACCUGGCAGGAAGAUUCUUGACCCCGAGACUCUCCACCAAAUCGCAACCCUCUACGAACGCCUUGGUGAUGAGGAGGAAACGGCAGCGUUCAUGGAACUCACACUACAGCAAGAGACUGGUCAACCGAAUGCAGAUGAGGAGUCUGUAUCGUCGGAGAAUGAGAAUGACGAUGAUCAGUCUGGAACCGAAACGCAUCGUAGCUCGCGACGGAAGCGGCCGUCGUCCACGUUGCAUGACGACGACGAAGACACAUGGCACGGCACCGGCGUCACAGCGACUACUUCAAAGGCCCGAUUAUGGCUUGCUCGGUGGUCUUUGCGAAACGGUGAUCUCGAGCGUGCAGAUCAGCUCGCAGGAGAAUUGUGUCAAGAUGGUGUAGAGGUGGAGGAGGCGAAAGCAUUAAUGCGAGAUGUUCGAGCUCGAAGAGAAGUGGGAGAAUGAUCCUGCGGCGCCUUGUAUUCUGACUUUCUAGUGUCUUUUUUGUUUUUUUUUUUUUUCUUUUCUCAUCCGAACCUUUCC